AUGGCCGCCCGUCGGUCUAUCGCCCGUACCAUCCCCGCGCUCCGCUCCGCUCCCCGCACGCCCGCAAUUACCAGAGCGUCCGCCCGAUCUCUCACCACUGCCACUCCAAUUGCGCGUUUGAACUCUCAGAGCUCUGUCUCUACCCCUGCGGCCAUGUCUGCCGCUCGCAGACUGCAUGCUACCGCGAAGCAGUUUGCCCCUUCCACUACCUCGGCUGCUAGCACCGCUACCGAAUACCCGACCGACCACAAGCCCAUUGCCAACCCCAUCGACACCACCAACUUCAUUGAUAAUGAGUUUGUGUCCUCCAAGGCCACUACCUGGAUUGAUCUUCAUGAUCCUGCUACCAACAACUUGGUCACCCGUGUUCCCCAGAGCACUGAUGCGGAGUUGAAGGCCGCCGUUGAGUCGGCCGAGAAGGCCUUCCCCGCCUGGAAAGCUACCAGCAUUAUGGCGAGGCAGCAGAUUCUCUUCAAGUUUACCAGUCUGAUUCGCGAGCACUGGGACCGACUGGCCGCAUCCAUCACCUUGGAGCAGGGCAAGACCUUUGCCGAUGCCCGUGGUGAUGUCCUCCGUGGUCUGCAAGUUGCUGAGACUGCCUGUGGCAUCACCUCUCAGAUGACGGGUGAGGUUCUGGAGGUGGCCAAGGAUAUGGAGACUCGCAGCUACCGCGAGCCUCUUGGUGUUGUUGCUGCCAUCUGUCCCUUCAACUUCCCCGCCAUGAUUCCUCUGUGGUGCAUCCCCAUUGCUACCGUUACUGGUAACUGUUUGGUCAUGAAGCCCUCUGAGCGUGAUCCCGGUGCAGCUAUGAUCCUUGCCGAGUUGGCCAAGGAGGCCGGCUUCCCUCCCGGUGUUAUCAACAUUGUGCACGGUACCCACCCCACUGUGGAUUUCAUCCUUGAUGCGCCCGCUAUCAAGGCCAUCAGCUUCGUCGGUAGCAACCGUGCUGGUGAGUACAUCUACACCCGCGGUUCUGCCAACGGCAAGCGUGUCCAGGCCAACCUGGGUGCCAAGAACCACGCCGCUGUUCUGCCCGACUGCAACAAGAACCAGACUCUUAAUGCCAUUGUUGGUGCUGCCUUCGGUGCUGCCGGUCAGCGCUGCAUGGCCCUGAGCACCUCCGUUAUGGUUGGAGAGACCAAGGAGUGGCUGCCUGAGAUUGCUGAGCGCGCCAAGGCUCUCAGUGUUAACGGUGGUUUCGAGGCGGGUGCGGACCUGGGUCCUGUUAUCAGCCCCCAGAGCAAGAAGCGUAUCGAGGACCUGAUUGCUAGCGCCGAGGCUGAGGGUGCCACCAUCCUUCUUGACGGUCGUGGCUUCAAGCCCGAAGGUUACCCUAACGGCAACUUCGUUGGCCCUACCAUCAUCACCAACGUUACACCCGACAUGAAGUGCUACAAGGAGGAGAUCUUCGGCCCUGUCCUGGUCUGCCUUAAUGCAGAGACUCUGGAUGACGCUAUUGACCUGAUCAACGCCAAUGAAUACGGUAACGGUGCCGCCAUCUUCACCCGCUCCGGCUCCACUGCCUCCAAGUUCCAGAAGGAUAUCGAGGCCGGCCAACUUGGUAUCAACGUGCCUAUCCCCGUUCCUCUGCCUAUGUUCUCCUUCACCGGUAACAAGAAGAGUAUCGCCGGUGGCGGUGCCAACACCUUCUACGGCAAGCCCGGUCUGCAAUUCUAUACCCAGCAGAAGACUGUGACCAGCUUCUGGAAGGCCGAGGACGCCGUCAGCACCAAGGCUAGCGUUGUUAUGCCCACCCACUCUUAA